AUACCCAAACCCGGUUAAUCAAAAUUUUGUUGGAUCGGGUAGUGAAAUAGGGCUGGGAUAUCGGAGGGAGACACAGGGUACAUGGUGACAUCCUUUACCGUAAAAUCGGUGGCAACUUUUAUCGGCAAAGAGAAAAGGCUGGGGAGAUUCAGAGACUUGGUAUCACUGUCAUCCAUGGAAAACCAAACGAAAAACAAGAUUUAUUUUCACUAUAACCAUACGGAUUCUUGCAAUUCUGCGAGGUGGACUGCCAGGGAGAGCUAUCAAUUCAUGUAUGAGCGACCUUGGCAGGAUGUUCUGCAUUUCUUUUCCAAUGUGGUCAACGCCCGCUUAACCUUAUCCACCAUGUUUGGCACUGACAAUGGCCCUCAGACAUGUAUUGAUGUUGUUGAUGAUGAUUAUAAAACAUCAGAGGUUUGUGAUGAGAAGGAAGAAAGGUGUGGUAGAUGGGAAAGGGUAACAUUCAAGAUAAUUCUUUCAUACAGUGGAUAUGCCUUUGAUGGAUGGCAGAAGCAGCCUGGUUUGAACACUGUACAGGAAAUAGUUGAAAAAUCUCUUGGGAGAUUCGUUGAUGACAAGAAAGCACGACUUUUGAAAGAAAAAUCUAAACCACUCGAAGGUUGUGCUGUGGUUGCUGGCCGAACUGACAAAGGAGUGUCUGCUAUUCGGCAAGUUUGUUCUUUCUAUACUUGGAGAAAGGAUGUAAAACCUUGUGAUAUUGAGGGGGAAAUCAACAGUGCAGCACCUGGGAAACUCAGAGUUGUGUCAGUUUCUGAGGUUUCGCGUGUAUUCCAUCCCAACUUUUCUGCAAAAUGGAGGCGCUAUUUGUAUAUAUUUCCUUUGAAUGAUCAAGAAAAUGAGAAGCAAUGCUGUGAGAAUGAGAAGGAAGUUGAGAGUUUUAGUUUUGCUAGAAACUGUAAUGAGCCAAGUAACAAGUGUGUUGAAAGCAGUAGUUCGGAAAAUGUUGAGAAUUUAAUUUUCGGCAAUAAUAAAGAGUUUGAAGCACCAAACAAGCCAACUUGUUUCAGUGUAUGCCGGGUUAAUCAAUUACUACGGCAUCUAGAAGGAAAAUUAUUAUCAUACAAAAUGUUUGCACGUGAUACCAAAGCCUCUAGAAACAUAGGGCCACCAACGGAGUGCUUCAUGUACCAUGCUCGAGCUGCAGAAGCAAGAAUACCCUGUUUGGUUCAUGAGGAAGGAAGGAAGGUUAUGUGUGUUGAGUUGGUUGCAAAUCGAUUCCUACGCAAGAUGGUCCGUGUGCUUGUGGCGACCUCUAUAAGGGAAGCAGCUGCAGGAGCAGAAGAAGAUGCAUUGCUAAAACUGAUGGAGGCUACCUGUAGACGUGCCACGGCACCCCCCGCCCCCCCUGAUGGGCUAUGUCUUGUUGAUGUUGGCUAUACUGAUUUCAACCCAAAAAAUUGUCUCAUCCCAUGAGGUGUGUUGUAAGUUCAGAUGUUUACAUACGUUAGUUUUGAACUUAGAACUUAAAAUUUGGGAUUCUUUAGGAUUGUCAGGCAGAUGAAAAGCCUAGCAUGUACGGAAAAUGUGGUCUUAAGCCCAACCAUAGAUGUAUAACUCAAUUCUUUAAGAUACACUAGGAUUACUUCAAGUGUUCUUAAAGUCAAUUUAAUUAUUCACAUCGGAUUGGAUGUUCAAGAA